AUGUCUAAUAAAGGUAAACGUCAUUUUCUUACGAUGGAACAAAAAAUAGAAAUUCUUACUACACUGGACAAAGGAGAGACUAGUGUAUCUUUAGCCCGUCUUUAUAAUAUAGGUAAAGCAACAGUUACAGGUAUUAAAAACGACCGUCAUGCAAUCAUGGAUUUUGCGUCAAAGAUGGUGAUGGAUAGUGGUGAUGGAAUAAAAAGAAGGAAAGUUAUGGAAGUCGCAAAAUAUCAAGAUCUAAAUAUCAAAGAUCAAGACAAAGCAAUGGAAAUGUGGUUUAUACAAAAACGAAGCUUAAUUGAACCAAUUUCUUCGUUGCAAAAUGAAGAAAGUGACGACAGCAGUAGUGAUAAAAGUAUGGGUACACCAAAAGGACCAACAUCUGUUGAAGCAUUUGCCGCAUAUGAAACUGGUCUUGAGUGA